AUGUCGAUGACUAACACCUCGGAAGAGUCGUCGUCGGGCUCUUCUGGCGACGGCGUCGGCGUUUUUCCCGACAUCCGACGCGAGGACAUCGACGUCGGCCCGAGCCUCGGCGUCGGCACCUACGGCGCCGGUCUAGUCCUUCCGAAGACGUCAAACGCCAGAAUGUUUCAGUUUUCAGUGGCACCUGGCAUCCGUGGGCCAACGCCAACAGGGUCGUCGCCUUGAAGAAGGUCUUCGUUUUGGCCAAGGAGGUGAGGGAUUGGAAGUACUGACCAGGGAAUGGUCUCUGGUCGCAUCUGGACUUCUGAAUGAGACACAGAUGUAGUUUUUCACGCUGAUUCCAAAUCUGGCCUCAAAAACGGCCGAUAUCUGAAAAAAGUUAUGGACCCUCAAAAGUCGAAAACUUCCAUGCCUCCGAUUGAGCUCUUUCUUGAGCAUAUGUAGAUCUCGUUCUUCUGACAACACGAAUUACUUCUCUCCAAAAAGUUUGUAGGCCUAGAUAUGAUCUUUCAAAGCUCCGCCGAAGGUAAGGGAAUGCAAGCGCGAUGUCGUAUUGCGUUCCGCCGGAAAUCAGCGGCAACGGCAUUGUGGCGCAGUGGAGAAGAUGGCGGAAUGAUAGAAGAAAGGUUAUUGGUUCGGUCCCCGCGCUGAGCAGUUUUAUUUUUGCCAUUUUUUUUCUUUUUGAACAUUUUCGUGUAACUGCUCCUUUUUUGAGUUUGGAAGCGUAGAAAUAUGAAAAAACUUCGUUUUUUCGACUUUUGACGGUCCGUAACUUUUUUCACAGAUCUCCUCGGCAGUUUUUGAAACCGGAUUUAAAAUAAGCGUGAAAAACUACAUUAGCUGGUCUCAUUCAGGAGUCCCACCACGGCCGGAGACCAUUUCCUGGUCAGGAAGUUUUAAUACCACUUUUGAGCACGUAGAAUAUGAUGGGGUAUUCUUAUUAACUCCAGAAAGCCGAGGAGUUUCUUGGCCUAAGCUUCAAGGAUUUUGUUACAGCUUUUUUAGAAGGGAAAGUAGUUUUCUGGCUUCAUCUGGUUCCAUAGCGUCUCAAGGAACAACGGGAAGAGUUGAUGGAAAAAUUGAAAAAUAAAUUUCUCCUAACUCUUUUCUAUUCGCUCAAAAUUAAAUAAUUAAGAGCUAAUUCCAGGCCGAGAUCCUCUCGAAAAUCCGCCACAAGAACAUCAUCCAGUUCUACGGGGUCUGCAAGUCCGAAAACGACUUUCUGAUAGUCACUGAAUGUGCUGAGAAUGGCUCUCUGUACGACCAUAUCCACAAAAAGGAGAAUCAGCAGCACGACGCCUUUGAUCAAGUCCUGAAAUGGGCGUUGGAGGUGAAAAUUAAUGACGAAUUUUUAGUUUUUGGAAUCUGGAAUCGUUUGAUUUUUCUCAACUUAGAGGCCGAGGGACAGGAAAAACGGGGUUUCAGGUGAAAGCAUUUUGUAGAGCUUUUCAUUGCGAAUCGAACGAUAUACUCGAAAAAAACACGAAAGUUCCUAUUUUCUCAGAAAAAAUUGUUCGAAUUCAGCGAGAAAAGGUUUGAGCUCCCGCCAAAAGGCCGUUUCGCAGUAAGGUUGCUCUAUGGACAACAUGCAAAUUUUCUCGGUUUCGCUUUUUUCUUCGUUUUUUUUGUCAUUUUUUCUGUUGUCAUCUCAAACCUCGUUUUUUACUGCGCCUAUGACUUUGAAUUCGGACUGGGAAAAUAGAAAUCGGUACGAAUGAUGUGGUUCAAAAAGGAACUCCCUCAAGGCUCUAGAAAAUGAGAAGAAUGGUUUCAGAUCGCCCGCGGCGUGCACUACUUGCACUACGACGCCGUCACCACCAUCAUCCACCGAGAUUUGAAAUCGAAAAAUGUUGUUCUGGACCACAACUUUGUCUGUAAAAUCUGCGACUUUGGAACGUCUAAAGAUUUGACUCACUCUUUUACGGCCCCGACUUGGGGCGGGACUGCGGCUUGGAUGAGGUGGGUAGCGAAAGAAGGAGGGUAGGAAUAACUACAGAGAAAGAACAAUAUUAAAAUAAUAGCCGUGAAAAAAAUUAUAUUCGUGAAAAGAAAGGUUUUUUCACGUGAAGUGGGUUCUUAAAAGCUCACGUUUUUCUCAAUUUUUUCCUUUUCAAUCAAAAAUUCAUGACAAAUCCAAUUCAAUGUGAUUAGUCCGAAUACAGCUUCUUUAGAACGUCUUGAACUAAAACUUGGUGAAAAAGGCCAAAAAAUUAUAUUUAUUUAGACAUCCAGGGUUGUAUAAAUUUCAGAAAAUAAAAAUUUUGCGGUGAAGUAUCCAGAAAAUAGACGCAAAAAUUAGUUUAGUCGAAAAAUGAGGGGUUUUCUAAAUGUAGGAGCUUGAUGUGUGUUUAUGGGAUUCUAGAAAAGUCAUUUUUUUCCUCAAUUUCCCCUAUUUUUUAUUCAAAAAAAUCAAUUAUUAAUCUUCAAAAACUUUUGACAGAUCCAAUUUCAUAUGAUGUAGUCCGUAUUCAGCUCUCUUUAAAAUGUUUUUGAACUGAGAUUUGGGCAAAAAAAAUUUUAUUUUUCUCAACCCUAACCUAAAUUUCAGAAAUGCAUGCAUUUAAAAAAAUGUCCAUAAAUUGAAAAAGUUUAAAAAAAAAAAAAUCAAAAAAUGGCCUUUUUUUCGAGAUUUGAUCCCAUAAAAUCCUUUUUUUUCCAUGGUUUGAAACGCCUGUAAGCCGAAUUUUCGCGAAGUGUUUCUGGCGCCAGUUCAAAAAUCAUGACGUUCUUGGACACUUAUUGGAAAAAAAAACCUACUUUUUUAAAAAGUUUUUGUUGUAAAUUUCCUAAUUUUUUAUCACUAAAAAGCUGUGGGAAAUCUGAAUUUAGCCUUCCUGAAAAGUAGUUGAACUUUCAGCCCCGAAAUGAUCCUCCAAACCGAGGGAAUCACGACCGCGACCGACGUCUGGAGCUACGGCGUCGUCUUGUGGGAGAUUUUGAGCCGCGAAGUUCCCUACAAGGACUACACCGAGUACCGGAUCUACAGCCUUAUCACGCAGUCCGGCGUCACCCUUGCCAUUCCCGAUUCUUGCCCGCCACAGUUGUCACAGUCCGUUUUUAAUGUCUGAUAUGGAAAAAAGGUUCAAAAUAGGAAAAUGAACCGGGAAAAUCUUUUAAAAAAUUUUUUAAGCGUUGCACUGCUUAAGCCGUGCUCAAACACGAAAUUUAAGAAGAAAGCCGUUAGAGAAGAGAAAAUAUAACUAGAUUUUGGAGAGGCAGAGAUAGUUUUGCGUUUUGCGACAUCGCUUUAAAUAAAGCAUAAAAGUGAUUCGAACAAAGCGAUUGAAAAAAUGCUCCGAAAUAAAAGUGAAAAAGGAAAAAAAUGAGCCGAAACUCGGCUUUCGAGGCGUUCAGAGGCGUAUUGAAAUGAAGCGGACAUGGAAAAAGUACUUUUGGACCUAAAAGCUUGAAAUUUUCAUUUCGAGUUGUAAAAAAUAUCACAAAAACGUUUUACGCUCUCAUGUUCCAUUGAAAUUUGAAAUUUCGUUUUUGCGAAUUAAAAUCCAGACUUCCAAUAUAUAAAUCUUCAGAAAAAAGCUCAUAAAAUCUUUUUUUUUCAAAAUGGAAGCCCAGAAAUUCCUAUUUCAAAGCGUUUUUUCGUUUCGAAUGAGCUUUUUCAAUUUUUCUUCUCAAAAAAGUGUCAAAGUUAAUAAAUUUAUGAAUUUUCAGACUCCUCCACAGCUGCUGGAAAAUGCAGCCGAAGGAUCGGCUGACCAUGAAACAAAUCCUGAAGACGUUGACGACGAUGGAAGAGAACCCGAAAAUUCACGAAGCCUGUGCGAAAUCUCUGAACGCCGACGACUGGAAAGCCGAGAUCCGAAAACAGAAACAAGACGUUGAAGUGAAAAAAAGCCCUGAAAGGAUUCAAACACCGGAAAACUUCCAGAAAAUGAAGCAGGAUUUGGACAAACGACGAGAAAAGCUGGAAAAUCGGGAGCGCGCCUUCGAACUGAGAAUCAAGCUGAACAAUGCGGCGAUAGGUACCUGAAAGAUAGAGAGAGUUUGGUUCGAACAGUGGAAAAAAAUUAUUAAUAAUGUUUUUUUAUUGCAUGAUGACUUUUACAAGAAUAAAUUACAAGAAAAAAAUUAUCAAGAAAGAAAAAAAAGUAUAAACUAAAAAUCUGUGUCUUUUUUUCAGGAAAAAAAUAGACAAAUCCCAUAGUUUAUUUUUUUAAUAAUUGAAGAAAUAAAACCUCGAAACUAAUUUUUAAAACCAUCAAAAAAAGAGAAAAAAAAUAAAAAAAUCUACGACGCUCCGUUCAAACGCGCUCCAUUGAGAAUAACUGGGGCGAUAGCUUUAGGGUUUUUUUCCAACGAUUUUUUUCAUAAUUAUUUUCAGAAAUUAUUUUUUUACUUUUUUUAAUUUAUGAUUUCUGUUGAACUUCAAGUGGAAUACAAGCAAAAAAACAUGACUUUUUCUCGUAAUAAAGCUUGAUAUUCGACUUGAAGAAAAUUUGAACUUUUCGGGCUGAAUCGGCCAUUUUUGCUUAAGGUCUCCCUAAGGCCAGGCCGGUCUAAAACAUUUUUUUUACCAUUUUACAUCUCUGCGGCCGUUUUGAAACUUUCUUUUGUUAAGAAUCAGCGACCCAUCUCCCUGAAGACACUCGCCAGUGGAAUGAACACAACACGGCGGCUUGGAUCGGCGGCAUUUUGAGUCGAGUAGGCAAGUUUCGGAAAUUCACAAGAUGUGUCGAAAUAAAAUAUACUGCAGGACUGGACGGCCACGCGUUGACUCGAAUCAAGUCGACAGUAUUUCGGAACAGAAUCACUGGAAAUCGAUUACUGGAAAUUUCUCAAAAUGAUCUGGAAAGGCUUGGGGUGGGUAUAGUAUGUUGGAAAGUCUUUGCUGUUCUAUUUGUACCUAUCUAGAAAGAUCUUUUUCUUUGUUAUAUGUAGUCCGUUUCUCGCUACUUGCAAGGGCGGGACUUGUCUGCGCUCUCCUUGUCUCUCAUGUUUACGUGCUGUUUUUAUGUUUCUCUGACCUUGCCGGUGAGGGAACAGAGAGACGCAGACACGCGAAAACUUUCAAGUCGCGGCGGUCAGUCUUUAGUCUGUUUUUUGAAAGUCUGUACUGUAAAUUUUAAAGGCGCAUGAACAAAACAUAUGAAGAUUUUUUGAUUGUCAUUUUUUUAAUACAAGAAUUCAGCAGUUUUUGAUUUUACAGUUAGGAUUUUUUAGAACGUUUGUACUUGGAAAAUCAUAGAAAUCGGAAGUUUUCAGGUCCACAAACUCGGAUCAAGGAUCGAGGUGAUGAAAGCGAUCCAAAAGCUGAAAAGUAAUCAACAUACGCUGCACAAUUUCCCGACUCUUGAGCAAGCCAGGAAUAUUGAGCUGGCCAAGGUGAUUUCGGGGAGAAAAUGAGUCCCGGGGCGACUUGAAUCGCGAACAAGAAAUUCCAGAGUGGUCCCUAUAGGGUUAGGGAGAACAAACAGACCCUAUAGGGGCUGAAAAAGUGGUAUUUGUAGGGGUAAAAUGGAGCCGAUCCCUAUAGGGAUUUAGGGUCUUACAUCUUAGCACUUAAAGCUUAAGUGGCCCCUAUAAGGGUCUUUCAACUUCAAGUAACGCUUAAUUAUUCAGUUUUUCACAUGGGAAUGCUUCUUCUCAUAGAGUUUAUAACGAUUUUCGACCAGAAUGUCCCCUAUAGGGGUAUGUAAAGUGGUCCCUAGAGGGGACCCGUUAAACUAUCGAAAUUUCAGAGAUCCGUCAGCAAAGAAGUGCCCGCCGCCCGAAUCGGAAAUAUUCAUAUCGUACUGAUCCUGGGCGUCUACCAAAGACCUUGUGCCAAUGGCAGAUCUCGAUUCAAGUUUUUCGUAGACUCGGAUUGGGAUGAUGACUAUGUCCGCGAAUCAAUAAAUGAAACAUUCCUUGCUUUUCGAAUUUUCAGAUGGAAUCGACACCUCCAAGGAAAGUACACGAGUUCGUCAAGUCUGCAUGUUUUUGUGUCAUUGACGAUGUUAAAGGGGUUGGUUUUUGAGUUUUUUUUUUUUGAUUUUGUAAUUUUUGAAACGCUUUGCGGUGCUUUUUUUUCUGUAUAAAAAGUUAAUGCUUUUUGAUAAGUUAGGACCGAAAAUAAUUCCAUAGAAAUUUUCCUUUUAGGGUGAAAAAGGGUCCUUUUUAGCUGUCUUUUUGCCCCAUUUUAUCGACUUUUUUGCACCAUUUUUAGUGCCUCUCCCUUUUUCACUGUUUCUUGAGCCUUAUAAAUCCCAGAAAAAAUGGAAGGCUCGAUGUAGGGACCUGUUUUGCUGCCUUUAUGCUGCCUUUUUGCCGCCUUUUUUGAACCUCUCCUUUUUAGUGGCCUAUAUCCAUAAUUCCGGCUUCGCCAGAGCCUCAUUUUCCGAUGAUACUUCGAAAAAUUAUUGAUUCAUUUUUUGAGGAAAAAAAAAAUUAAGUCUUCCGUUUUCCAGAAGCCUCUCAAUGAACCAAGUUUUGCGGUUUCGACGUCCUCUGGCUGCUGUGCGAUGGAAGAUUGGGUCACGACCGAUGAGAAUAUCAAAUCCGUCAAUUUAAUCGCCAAUGUCCAGUUUUCCGAUAAUAUUGUAAAUAUCCAUCAUUUUGCAAAAAAAAAAAUUGAGUUUAUUUUGAUAGAAUCAGCCGCGGAAUACCGAAUUCCGCCUUCACAUCACCGAUUUUCAAGCGACACGAACUCUGGAAAUCAGGAAAAUCGAGUUGAAACUGAGGCGAAGCUCCACGUCGACCACGUCUCCAAUAUCGCCCAAUCCUGGGAUGCUUCAAGUUGGUUUCAGACCUACAGGGACUCGUUCGGUUUGCACUGCGCCGUCUCCGCUGGCCAUACUUUAGUCUGUUCAGAAUUUGAAUGUCAAGUAGAAUGACGUCAUUCCAAAACGCUAUGUGGAUGGCUCGCUCUCUGAUUGGUUUAUCGCGCCGUUAGGGGGCGGAGCUUCAGCGAGAACUUGACAUUUGAAAUCUGAACAGACUAUAGACGAUUUCUUCCUAUUUAAUAAAAUGAACAUGCUUUUUUCUACCUUAAUAGAUGAAAAAAAUUACAGAAAGAUCGACUUUUUACUUACUAGAGACGGACUUCUCAAAUUAGGCCCUUUUUCAAGACUUGCUGUCGUUUGCAAUAAGUUCAUCAUUAAAAUUAAAAUGAUAUCUUGGAAUGUUCUAAUUGUGUUUUUCUUCUAUUUUUCCAUUUUUUCAUACAAAAAACUCAUUUUUAACGGAGAUAUCGCCUAAAAACCUCGGUCGGUGUACGCACAGCUUAAACCACGGCGUUCCUAAUGGGGGUGAGGGAAGGUGAGCGAGACGUCAAAGUUUCUAAAUUUACAGAAAAAAUUUUGUGCGCGCUACGGAUAAAAUGACGUCAUUCUACGUCACAAAUUAAACUGAGUAUUCAACGUUAAUAACUUGUUUGUUCGAUCGCCUUCGGCUGAAGUACUGUAGAUUUCAAAUUUCGCGCCAAAAUUUUUUUGACGUCUUGCCACCCCGUUUGGGAACGCCGUGUAAACCUACAGUGUGCAAAACCAGACGGGCUGAAAAAUGUUUUUUUUUUCCAGGGUUUAAAAAAAAUUUUGGGCUCAGUUAUUCGAGCCGAUUUUUCAGUGUUGUAUAGUGAAAUAUAUAAAACUUUAAUUCACUAAACGUUUGCUCCAUAUAAAAAUUGAAAAAAAGCCUAACGCGAUUGCGCAGAAAUGAAACUGUGAAGCUGACCUGCACAUCUUAAUAAUGCGCGGCAAUUUGAAAUGGUGUAGAUUUACGGGGUUAAAUCUAGACACUAUAACAUUCAGAAAUGCUUAUGGGAAGAUUUUCAAAGCCUAAAAAUUGAAGUAGAUCCUUUAAACUUUUUAUUUAUCCGAGAAGAAGAAAGCACAUUUCAGACAGUCAGUUACCCACAACUGCGUGGAGCCUGGCACCGGAAAGCGACUUUGGGAAGGCAAAACUUGACGGAGAACGAGUUGGUCUCGGUUCAUGGUGAAUUUCACAAGAAAAAAUAUUAUAAGAUGAAGAUUCCUUGAUUUCAGAAGCCCUUCGCGCCCCGGUCAUUGAAGAAAUCCGCAACGACUCUGCCACCGUGGCUAAUGAACACGUGCCGGGACGCCGGAAAAAGACAAUCUCUGAGGUUUUCCCCGAAAAGAGAAAACUUUGGGGUUUUUUUAUAACUGCCAGAGUCAUUGCAACUCAAAAUAACCGAGUUCUUGACGUUUUCCGAAAUUUCCCCUGGGUAUUGGUCAAAGUUUGAAUGUUGAAGUUUUUGAUGUUCUUUUAUUAUUGGAAACUUCAGAGCCUUGAAAUUUUGGUUUUUGCUGAUUUUUAUUCUGCUUUCAGCAGCAUUUAUAGUGAAAAAGGUGGUGAAAAGGCUUGAAAAAAAAUUUAAGGGGGAUUUUCGGAAAGUGUGUUUAUUUUGUAGCGGGUUCAAUUUUGGGCUUUUUAAUCAAAAAAUUGUCACUUUUGAACAUGCGAAAAGUCGGAAAGGGUGGAAAAAAGCUUCAUAAAAAAAUGUUCCUUUUUGGUACCUUUUUGCGCCAUUUCACCCCCUGGACAAGAAAUUUGUUUUGUGUUCUGCAAUCAGGAGGUUUUUAAAGUACACUUCAGUGAAAAGUUUCAUCAAAAUUUGAACCGAGGGGGAAGAGGUAAAAAAACGUCCCCUAGUGAGAUAACAUUAUGGAUUCAUCUGGAGUUAACUUCUCUUUCUCAAAAAUUCAUAAAAAAUGAUAAUUUUCAAGUUAUAAAACGAUUUUCAGGGCGAAUCGACGUCAGCCAAAGAAAGAAAGAAAAACAAGGGGAAGCCGUCGGUCCACGGUGGGAAAGACAAAUGGAGCUGGGACAAACGAGCCAGACCGAAAUUUCUCUGA